AUGGGUUCAGCUCACAAGGCUCUCCGUUUCAUCGUCUUCCUUGCUACCGCCUUCUUCGUCUUCUGCUCUCGCCCCGUGGAUGGUGCCGGAUUCCAUGCCGGAAAGACGAUGGCCGUGGCCGUGUCUGGAGAGGACAAUGCCGAUGGCAGCGCUGUGCUGGAGAAGUUCAGACUGCUACUGGGCUUGAGGACCACUGGGGGCUACCCUAUGAGGAGGGGAUCUGCUCCAUCUCUGUCUCCGUCUCCGUCUCCGGCGCCGGCACCGAUUUGGGCAGUGCAGCGGCCGUUCUUGGGGUUCUCAACCUCUCCCUUGCCCCGUCCCAGCCGUCUCCCGCCGCUCCGGGAGGAGGAGCUCCGCCAUGGAAGCUCCUCCGCGGCCAAGCUCCUCCGUGUGGUCGUCGCCGUCGCAGCCUCCGCCUUGGCGGCGCUCGCCAUCGCCGCCUGUGCGGCCCUUCUUCUGCUCCGCCACCGUAGCAAGGGCCGAGCGCUCCCCAAGAGGACGAACCUCUGCAACUCCAUGGAGAAGGUGAGCUUCGACCCGGCCACGCAGAGCUUCUACCUCGACGUCUUCGAGGGGGGGAGUCCUCCUCGGGCGACCGGCGUAGCAGAGGAGCAUUUUUCCGGCAGCCCUGGAAAGGACGACGAUGACGGCGGCGACUCAGAUUCCUUCCACUCCAUCUCCCCCCAUUCUCCCCUUUCGCCAUCGCCGUCGUCAUCUCCGCCACGGGCGGUGACGCCAGCCCUCCCACAGACGCCGCCUCGAGCUCCGCCACCGCCUCCCGCCGCCGUUUCGCCGUCCCUUUCGAGCAAAAGAAACCCUCCGCCACCGCCACCGCCACCACCACCGCCGCCGCCGCCGCCGCCGCCGCCGCCGCCUCCAUCGUCGAAGAAGGUGGCGCUGCCGCUGCCACCGCCAUCCUCCGCCGCAGUGGGGAAGGACGGCUCCCCCUUGCCGAAGCUGAAGCCGCUGCAUUGGGACAAGGUCCGCGCCGCCUCCGACCGGUCCAUGGUGUGGGACAAGAUCCGAUCGAGCUCCUUCGAGUAAGAUCCUCCUCUUCCUCCUCCUCCUUCUCCGGCGCCGCCGUUGACCGGGAGCUCGGAGUUGCAGGCUGGACGAGGAGACCAUCGGCUCGCUUUUCAGCUACAACUUGCAGAGCUCGGGGAGGAGCGAGGAGGGCGCACCAGGGAAGCCGACCUCCUCCCCUGGGAAGCGCCUGCUCGAGCCCAAAAGGCUGCAGAACCUCACCAUCCUCUUGAAGGCGGUCAACGCCACGUCAGAUCAGGUCCGCCGCGCCCUGACGCAAGGUCAGCUACUACCCUAAUUUAGCAUCCGAUUUCAACUUCUGAGCUCAUUCCGGUUGUCAAAGCUCGUUAAGCGUUUAUUUUAUAAAAAACGCUUGCACAAGCUCAUUGGGCACAAUAAAGUUAUGGGUUUUUCGAAGACCCGAUGAAAUUAUGAUUUGCAAAGAAUAUGAAGCCGUCUUUUGUUGUAUCCGAUUAAUUCUGCUUUAUAAGACAUGACCUUAAUUAUAAAUUUGGCGCGAAAAUACAAAAUGCAUUUUUUCCGAUUAUCGUGGAAUCUUGAGAUCUUCGAAAUGGAAAAGAGAAUUUAUGUCAAAUAAUAAUAAAAAAAAACUGAUCGUCGAAGAAAUCUGUGACUCAAUCUAGCUGUUUCUUGUUCCUGGUUGAGCAGGCUCUGGGUUGAGCGUGCAGCAGAUGGAAGCUCUGGCGAAUAUGGCGCCGACGGAAGAAGAACAGGAGAAGCUGUUACGGUUUGAGGGGAACGCCAACGGGGAGCUCGACCCGGCCGAGAGGUUCCUCAGGGAGGUCCUCUCCGUCCCUUUCUCCUUCUCCAGGAUUCAGGUUAUGCUGUUCAGGGAGAGCUUCGAGGACGAAGCAUCGUUUCUCAGAGACUCCUACGAAACCCUGGAGGUGAGGAUACGAGAUCCGCCAUUGGAGUUAUUCUGAAGCUUUCUCCGUCUUUAUCGCUGACUCUGCGGGGGUAAUUCAGGAAGCUUGCAGGGAGCUGAGAUCCAGCAGGCUGUUCAUGAGGCUGCUCGAAGCGGUGUUGAAGACGGGGAAUCGGAUGAAUGUGGGGACGAUAAGGGGCGGCGCGAGGGCAUUCAAGCUCAACGCCCUGCUGAAGCUCGCUCACGUGAAGGGCACCGACGGGAAGACCACGCUUCUUCACUUCGUCGUCCAGGAGAUCGUCCGGUCGGAAGGGGGCGGCGGCGCCGCCGCUGGUGGCUCGCCGGCGACGGAGAAGGAGGACGAUUGCAGAGCAACGGGGCUGGACCUUGUCUCCGGGCUCAGCGCGGAGCUCCACCACGUGAAGAAGACGGCCGGAAUGGACAUGCAAGUCCUGGCCAGCUCCGGUGCCAACCUCGCCGCCAUGCUGGAAGAGUUGCAGAGGCUGCUGGGGCGUUGCCGGAGCACCGAUGCGAUGGGAGAGGGCUUCGUGGACUCCAUGAGCUCCUUCUCUUCACAGGCCGAAGGGGUCCUCAGGGAGCUCAAGGAAGAAGAAGGGCGAGUCCUGGGGCUGGCCAGGGACAUCACCGAGUAUUUCCAUGGCGAUGUGGGCAAAGAGGAGGCGAACCCGCUGGGGAUUUUUGUGAUCGUCAGGGACUUCCUCGACAUGUUAGAUCGAGUCUGCAAGGAGCUGAGGAUCUCCGGGUCGACACAUUACAGCCCCACCCGGGCUUCUCCAUCCCUUUCUUGUAGGUGA